AUGCAUAAAAUCAAAAACAUUUUUCAUAAAAUCGAAGUAGAAUCUAAAGCUCCAAAAGAACCACCAUAUCCAUGGUCUUUGGAGAAACAUUACAAAAUCUCCAAAAAAAUUCUUGGUACAGGAUCAUUUGGAGUAGUUAAAGAAUGUACAGAUAAACGUACUGGAAUUAAUUAUGCUUUGAAAAUCAUUAACACAAGAGACAUUAAAGGAAAAGAACAGAUGUUAACCACGGAACUCGAUGUUCUCAAAAAAGUUAAUCAUCCGCACAUUGUUACACUUCACGAUUUAUUUGAAACAAAUAAAGCUGUUUACAUAAUCACAGAUUUGGCUAGUGGAGGAGAAUUAUUUUAUCAACUUCUUCUGAAAGGAUCAUAUACAGAAAAAGAUGCCGCAAAUUUAGUACAACAAAUUCUUAAAGGUGUAGAAUAUCUUCAUGAUCAUGAAAUCGUCCAUCGUGAUUUAAAACCCGAAAAUUUAUUAUUUAGUGAUAAAUCUGAAAAUUCAAAUUUGAUGAUCACAGAUUUUGGAUUAUCAAAAAUAUUAAGAAAUGAUAAUGAUAUAUUAAUGACAGCUUGUGGAACUCCUGGUUAUGUAGCACCUGAAGUUUUAAGACAAACUGGUCAUGGAAAACCUGUUGAUAUUUGGAGUGUCGGUGUUAUAAUGUAUACUUUAUUAUGUGGAUACACUCCAUUCUGGGGUGAAGACCAGCAAUCUUUAUUUGAUAGUAUUUUAAAAGGUGUUUAUCAUUUUGAAGAUGAAUAUUGGUCAAAUAUUAGUGAUUAUGCUCAAGAUUUAAUUGAUAAAAUGUUAGCUUAUGAUGCUGAUAAAAGGAUUACCGCUAAAGAAGCAUUGAAACACCCUUGGUUUCAUAUGGCUCAUACGGUUGAUAAUUUUGAUUUAUUAAAUAACGUUAGAACAAAUUUUCCAGCGAGAUCAACUUUUAAAAAAGCAAUUAAUGUAGUUCAAGGUAUAACUCGUUUAAGAAUGAGCAAUGUUAGAUCUCAUGAUGAUAGUAAUUAUUCUUUAUCUUCAAAUGUAAAUUAUGGUUUAACAGGAUUAUCAAAACAUGAUAACAUUGAUAUUUCUGAUAUUUCAAAUUUGGAUUUACAGUUAACUUCUAUGUCACGAAAUGAUACUUUUAGUAGUGAUAAAAUAAUAGGAGUUUUAAGUCCAACCACUUCAUCUUCAUUACCUACUAUUAAUAGUGAUGAUUCUAUCUUAAUUGAUAAAGAUUGGUAUUCGAAAAACAAAGUUAUACCGGUUUAA